GCCAGUGACCGCGAAGGUGGACACGUCGGUGCUCCAGUACCCGGUCUUAAGGUCAAAUUGGCGGACAUCCCUUCGAUGGGCAUUGUGGCUGAGCGCGACAACAAGGGCGAGAUUCGUGUAAAGGGACCAAGUUGCACGACGGGGUACUUUAAGGAUCCCGAAAACACCGCCCAACUAAUAGACUCCGAUGGCUGGAUGCGUACCGGUGAUGUGGGAAUUUGGACGGAAGUUGUGAGCCGCUAA